AUGACGCGCGUGCGCGUCGAAGGGUUGCUCGCGGCGUUUCCGAAACUCGUCGGAAGCGGGAAGCAACACACGUACGUGGAGACGGAAAACGUGCGGUACGUGUAUCAGCCGCUCGAGUGCGGGACGAUGUACUUGCUGCUGGUGACGACGAAGGGCAGUAAUAUCUUAGAGGAUUUGGACGUGUUGCGGUUGCUGGCGAAGACGCUGCCGGAGUACACGCAAGGGCAGGUGGAUGAAGAGGGUGUGUCGUUCGCGGCGUUCGAUUUGAUCUUCGCGUUUGACGAGAUCAUCUCGCUCGGGUACAAGGAAAACGUAACGAUGGCGCAGGUGAAGACUUUCACAGAGAUGAACUCGCACGAAGAAAAGCUGCACAAGAUGAUGAUCCAGAGUAAGAUCAACGACACGAAGGAUGUCAUGCGUCGCAAGGCUACGGAGAUCGACAAGGUCAAGCACGAGAUGCAGCAAUCAGCGAUGCAACGAAGCGGAGAUUUCGGCAUCGAACCUUCUCGACCUGAAAUGCCCGUUGCGGCGGCGCCUGCGGCGGCGCCGACGGAGAGCGUGAGUCUGGUUGUGGAAGAAAAACUCAACGUCACCUUGAACCGCAACGGCGGAUUGGAGCAAAUGGAUUUGCAAGGCAACAUGCUUCUCGAAGUGCGCAACGAAGACGACGCUCUCAUUCGUGUCGUGACCAAGGCGGGUGAGAACGCUGGGUUUCAGUUCAAGACGCACCCGAACAUUGACAAGGCUCUGCACGCAAACGAGAAAAUUUUAGGCUUGAAGGACCCCAACCGUCCGUUUCCGUGCGGCUCGGCGCUCGGCGUGUUGAAGUGGCGAUUCUCCACUAAGGAUGAAUCUGCGCUGCCUCUCAGCAUCAACUGCUGGCCGACGAUCAACGGCGGAGAAACCGCGGUGAGCAUCGAAUACGAGGCGUCGGAUGCGAUGGAUUUACAAAACGUCGUCAUUUCCAUCCCGUGCCCGCCGUGCCGAGACCCGCCCGCGGUGAACUCGUGCGACGGCGAAUUCCGAUUCGACGCGCGCAACGGCGUCAUGGAGUGGAAUAUCGAGCUCAUCGACGACAGCAAUCGAAACGGAAGCAUGGAAUUCGUCAUUCCUGUGGCCGACACAGAAGCGUUCUUCCCCAUCGACGUCCACUUUUCUUCCGCGAAGACGUUCUGCGAUAUCGAAGUCGCGAGCAUCUCUCGCACGACGGAUGGCGCCCCCGUGACGUUUGGCGGUAGAACGAUGAUGCUCGUGGACUCGUACCAAGUCGUAUAG